UUACUUUGACCUUUCCCACAAUCCACCGGGGUGACAGAAGGCGCCUUUUGUAGCCCAUGCAUGUCAACAAGGAGGGAAGGAAGACGCUCGGCUACAAUUAAAAACUAGUGUGAAUAUAAUAACACGCUGCUUUUUAGGGACAAUAGUGUGUCUUCCAUUCAUUAGCGUAACAUCCUUGACAGCAACAUGGCUCCGUUCGGCUUAAUGACUGCAGGUGCUAGCUGGCUGGCUAAGUCCUUCAGUGUGUUCUCCUGCACAAGCACUCUGGCAAGGUGCUCCAGUGUCCUCUCAGCGACAUAUAACACUCCAGUGAAAUAUCUGAGCUCUCAGGCCAGCGGACCGCCAAAGAAGCCAGAAAACGGAUAUCUGAGAUUUGUUUUACAACAGCGGCCAGACAUAACCAGACACUUCCCAGGUAUCAAACCAUCUGAAAUCAUCAGGAAGAUCGCCGGGCAGUGGAGAAUGCUGACUCCAGAACAGAAGAAGGUAUUUCACUCAUUUAUUAGUUAA